AUGGGUUCCCGAGCAUCAAAAUGUCCGAAGAGGGUUUGCCAACUUGGUAGGCAAACGCUUGGCUACUUAAAGGCCACAGUGGGUCAUGGUCUGCUAUACCAAAAGUGUCAAGAGGCCGACCGUGGGCCGACCGUGGGCCGAAUGGGAAUUUGGCAUUCUGCAGGGAUGCCAAUACGUUGGAAGUCCACUCGGAUGCGUCAUUCGGUCCAGGAGGGGAGAGGUGGUUUGAUCCAGUGGGAAAGUAAGCGACAGAGCUUUGCUACGCUGAGCAGCUCUGAGUCUGAAGUCACUUCGUACGUGGACGCUAUGCUGCGCUCUAGGGCGUUGCACGAAGCGGUACAACAGGAGGUGUGGAAGGUGAAACACAUGGCGGGUGUGGAACUUGCGGCAGAUUUCCUGACGAAGCCAAUCACCGUUGGGGCUACUUGGUCAAGAUUCCGGAGGUUUGCAGGGCUCUACGACAUGGCUGAGCCGGAGGACCUGGAGACCUUGAAGAAGAUUGGAAUCUGUAGAGAAUGGGCUCUGAAGGGGCUGACUGUAGCUGUAGAGCUUGAAAGGUGGAAACCGACCACUGAGGAGCACCACCGGAUUAGGAACUACUGCCCUUCGGGCUGCCCCAGCGUCCGGGCGCUCCGUGCUGAAGCCAUGGCGACCAGCGUUGCUGAUGCUGGUGGCGAGGGUGGAGAUGGUCCUGGUGAUGGUGGAGAUGAUCGUAAGCCGUGGCCGAAGAGCUCCAUGUACGAUGACAUCUACACCGGGGAGAAAAAGAAAAGGAAGAGAAAGAAGAAAAACAAGGCCGCGAAGGCUGAUCAAGGUGAAGAGAAGGGCCCAAGUGCAGAGGCCUGUGAUGAAGAAGAGAAGGAAGAUGAGUGGCCGAGCUGGGAAAACAGAAAGCUUGAGGAGUCCGAGGAAACAGUCGCAGGGGAGCCAGGGCCUGUGACGUUGAUGCAGGCUACUCCGAAGACAGCGACGAGUGCUGCUCCGCUACCAGCUCCUCUACCUCCUCAAGACAACGAACCUACUGGCGAAGAGGUUCCGACUGCGACGGGCAGUCAGCCAGCCUCUUCUCAGGGGCCUGAGAACCCAGAUGGAACCACUUACACUGUCCGUGGUCAUGGUCGCCGCGACAUUGAGUCAGGCUUCUUUUGGGGAGGCGAAAAGAUCGUGGUAUCCUUCGUGAAUGCGGAUGGUGACCUGGAAAUUCGCAGAGGUGACGGUCUGAUCGAGAUCCGUCCCCUUGCUGAGCCAGAAGGAAAAGGGAAAGGAAAGAACGGGCCAGAGGUCAUCAGCUCUGGUGAAGAGACUGAAGAAGCGAACAGCGACCCAACUGGUCCCAAAGGAAAAGGAAAACCCGUUCCCGAACCUCUGCUACCACCGAGUCGAGGCAGCGUGGGUUCUUCAACUGCCAGUGGCGAUGGCCUUGGAUCUUCAACCGACCGACCAGUUCCUAGUGGAGAUCGCCGGCAGUCUUUGGGAAAAGGAAAAGGCCGGGGGAAGACUCCGGGCGCCGCUGAGGAUGACGAUGAUGAUUCCUGGGGAAAAUGGACUUCUCAGGGUUUGCAUGGAGCUGGAGAACCGGAAGGCGAGCCUCCAGCUGAAGACCAUCCACCUGAUGAGGAAGAAAAUGAGGACUAUGACAUCCAUGCGAGAAAGGACCUGGAUGAUGGCUCGGGAACCAAGCGUCCUCCGCCUGAUGGUGGGUCCUACAGCAUGAAGGCUAUGCGAGUCACUGUGGAUGCGGCCAUGGCACCGUGGGAACUACCUGAGUUCUCGACGCCUCCGCCGACUGGGAAGAAGGACAGAUGGGAAAGUUCCUGGAUCCAACGUGGAUGGCUUGUUAGAGUCCACAGGGAUCCAAGGAAACGCACUUUCCAGCCCAUCCACCGUGCCUCUCCGGUUGCAGGUGGAGAUCUUCUUCCUCUACGUGUGACUGUGGGCUUCGAGGAGGACACCAACCGCCGCUUUGUCAAGACGGACCGCUGGGAUGUGGAGCCGGCGAACCCCGCUACUUCAAGGUGGACUGGGUGGACCUUCUUCCGCCUCAAGAAUGAAACUGGGACCGUGCAUGAUCGCACUGGGUCUCGGAGCUCUGGUGAUGAUGCUCGUGGAGAAGGGCAUCGUUUUCACCUGCCUGAACGUGACGGAGCUGGAGGACCGCAUGAUCGUGGUGAGCUUCAGCCUGCAGUUUUGAGGUUGCCUGAUGGAGCCGAGGGGCAUCUUGGGCUUCUUCCUGACCUACUUGGUGGGGAAGAGAACCGUGUUGAUGUGAGCCGGGCGGCUACGGCGAAGUCCUACGGUCCGCUCCCAACACCAAGAGCACCUGCGGUGAGGCCAAAAGCACAGACUUCAGCUGGUCGACGAGCUCAACCGGUUUUGGCUGACCUUCAGCGUCGAGAUGGCCUACCUCCUGCCGAAGAGGAACUGAGCGAUGACGGCAGCUGGAGUGAGGUCUCUGGGGAGACCUGGUGA